AUGGCUCAAAAAUCCCUCAAACAGCUGGCAGCUCGCAACACCGCGACCCUCAAUCGCACACAUCUCACGUCACUCUCUGUUCACGGAUUCUCCCUCCUCAUUCGCCUGCUGCUCCUCCGCCGAUCAUGGACCAGCUAUAUUGUCCUAUCCCUACCAGCUUUAGGUCUGGAGUUCUGGCUUGAGCGUAUAUCCCGCCCSACGCCCUCCGAGACUGGCGAGGUGAAGCGUGCGGGAGAGGAUCUCGAAGCCAAGGGCCUGACCGAGUGGAUGUGGGAUGUCAUCUAUUGGACCUGGGGAAAUGUUGUGCUCGCGACUCUGGCGGGGGACUGGGCGUGGUGGGCCAUGUUGAUUGUGCCGUUGUACAGUGCUUGGCUGGCAUGGGGUGUGUUCACGGGUGCAAGGGGCUWGAUGGGCGGAGGUGCCGCUAAGCAACAGGACCCAGCAGCAGCAACGACAGCGGCGGGACAGAGCAAACGGCAGGCAAAGAUGGAAAAGCGCGGCGGACAGAGGGUUGCGUAUCGGUAA